GUAACGUAGUUUUCGUUCUCUUUCUUGUGUGAGAAGGAAUUUGCGUCUAGUUUCUCUGUUUACGCUUCAAUCACAUUUCAGACAUUACGAACUUCAAAUAUCAACAAAAAAAAACCUUCAAGUAUUCGGAAUUUCGGAGAAAGAUAGAAUCACAACCUUUCAAGAAUAAGUUAAUUUAAUACUUGAAAGUUAUUGCUUUCACAAGACAUACAAAGUAGUUCUUGUCAAUAAAUAAGAUAUCGCGAUAACAAUAAAAUAUUUGAAAGAACGACGAUAAGGCGGAAUAUGUCUUUCACAGAACAUGCGACGAGUAACAAAAAAGUUAUUAAUCCUUUUUGGGGGGCUAAUAUUGAUUGGUUUUUAUUGUGAAUUUCUAAUAUAUUAUGUAGUAAUUAUACAGUGCGGUUGGCCUAGUAUAGAGACAAAACAUAGUGGAAAUGAAGUUAUAAAAGCUUUCAUUCUAGCUGAUACUCAUUUACUCGGACCUUAUAGGGGUCAUUGGUUAGAUAAAUGGAGAAGGGAAUGGCAGAUGCACCAGGCGUUUCAAGCAGUCAUAACAUUACACAAACCUGAUGUUGUUUUUAUUUUAGGAGACCUUUUCGAUGAAGGAGAAUGGACUGAUAAUAAGCAAUUUAAGAAUUAUGUCUCUAGAUUCUAUGAACUAUUUUCAUUGCCAAGCAGUAUUAAGAUGUAUGUUGUUGUUGGAAAUCAUGAUAUUGGAUUUCAUCAUCGAAUACGAAGGGGAUUUGCUCAAAGAUUUUCAAAACUUUUAAAGGCGCCAUCUGUUCAACAUAUAGAAAUAAAAAACAAUCACUUUGUAUUAUUAAAUUCAAUGGCUCUGGAGGGUGAUUCUUGUAAUUUGUGCACUGAAGCCAGAAAACAAAUAGAAAAUGUUUCAGAUAAAUUAUUAAAAUGCUCAAAAAAUUCUACACACUGUUUUAAUUCAGAAGGCUCAUUUAAUUACAGUCAACCUAUUUUGAUGCAGCACUUUCCUCUUUACAGGGUUUCUGAUGCUGUUUGCACAGAACCUGAUGCUCCACCACUACCAGAACGGAACAAAUUGUUUCGAUUAAAAAUUGACGCAUUAUCGCUACAAGCAACAAAAUACCUGAUCAAUAAAAUAAGGCCUAGAGUAGCAUUCGGUGGGCACACCCAUCAUGGUUGUCUUAUUGAACAUUACUAUGAGGAAAUAGCUGGUACACGUUUUUUGGAAUAUUCAGUACCAUCAUUUUCAUGGAGAAAUAGACCUGAUCCAAAAUAUAUAUUGGCGAGCAUAGCACCUGAUUCAUAUGAAGUCAAGAAAUGCGGACUCCCUCGAGAAACAACGAUUGCUCUCACUGCUGUAAUCAUGAUUUGUAUUUUAAUUUGUUUUGUACUAAGAACGAGAUUAAUCGGAAGGGCAUUAAUUAGAAUGAAUUAAACUGUUUUUAACCUCAAGGAUUAUAUUUCACAAUAAAUAUGUUUUGACAAGAUCGAGCACUUAGUACACUGUACAUUCAAAAUGGAACAAUAACGAACCUGCGUUUAAAAGUUUGUGACAUGAAAUAAA